ACACACUCCCCGGUCUCCCCCUACAUGUAGGCUACGUCUUCUUAAGUAACGGAUUCCUUGAAAGUGCUGCUGAUGCUCGUGUCCCAACUCUCUCCUCCUGGUGUGGUCUGGUCUCGCUCUCUUCUUCGACGCAUGCGCACACAGGCAGCGCUGUCCUGCUUAAAAACAGCUGGGCUCUUACGUGCGUUCACAUAGAGAAACGUGGGACUGCAAAGCAAAGGGGACACGGCAACGGAUUUAGAUAAGGAUUAUCGCUGUUAUAGUGGUUUCACAGCUAUGCAAAAUAAGAAAAUGCAAGAGGAUUAGUGACACGCAUCAAGUGGAGCAAAAUAGCAAAACAGUGAGAAAGCGAGAUGCGACUCGCCUCAGAGAUGAAAGAGAUGCUCAUGUUCAUGAAGAGGUAAUAAUCAAAGGAAAGCUCUGAAAUACAUUUAAUAUGCUACAAGAUUUUUAUUCUUCACUGCCGAGGAGUAGUUGAUGAAGGUUCCCCGAAGUCUUUGAGCCGUAAGAGCUCAGAGUACAUCCUGCCACAAGUACUUCUGUCAUCAAGGGGAUGUAACGCCAAACUCGAGUUUUCACUUAAUCCUCUCACAGGUAAACGGCGGGACAUUUUGCCUUAGGAAUUUUGUGCUCAAAGAGUUUUUAAACAGAAUGUGAAUAAGGUAUCAGUGGUAGAGCUUUUGAGAGAAUGAAGCUCCUGGAAUAGAUCUCUACCUUUUUUUGAUUGGAACAAUGGAAGCAUGAAACUGUAGAAUCAAUUUUUCUUCACUAACCUGGAAGGAGGGCAACAUGGCAAAGCCCUUCUACAGGCUUCAACGCUUUUUACGACGGACUCAGCUGCUCUUCUUGUUUCUCGGUGUUGCCUACAUCAUGGCUGGAAGUGUCCUUCUUCUGCAGAGACAUGGAUUGGUGGUGUCACAGCGUGGGACGAGCAGUUACUUUCCAUUGCCGUCUUUGCCGUCUCCUCCCAGGUCCCUGGAGGCACCUGCCCUCCGGACAAGUUAUGGAAUAAUGGGCGCGCGGCACAACAGCAAGGGGUUGGGAUACCAAAGCGUUUUGUCUGAAGACAAUGCUGGACCACAAUGGCUGACCUCACGAAACCAGGAGAUCCGACAUCUGAGACGUCGCUGGUUCCACAGCCUCAUGUCUGAACAGGAAGCGUCUAGAGUGGAGAAAGUUCUUCCGAAAAGAAAAAUCCGACACAAAGGCACGUACAUCGGCUGCUUUCUGGAUGACGCCAAGGACCGGGCACUCAAAGGGAUGGUGUUCUAUGACUUCCGGAAAAUGACCAGCACCUUGUGUCAGGACACCUGCACGGAAAGUGGGUACCAGUUUGCUGGCCUUGAAUAUGGGUCCGAAUGUUACUGUGGCAACCGCAUCACAAGCACUCGGAUGAAAGAGGAGGAGUGUAACUUGGACUGCAAAGGCGAGAAGGGCGCCAUCUGUGGAGGUGUGUCCCGUCUGUCCGUUUACAAGGUGGAGGAGGUUCUUCCUGGCCAGCGGAGAUACAGGAACGUGCGCUACCGGGGGUGUUUCAAAAAUCCUGACAAGACAACAGCAACUUCCCUGGCCAUGCUGUCCAAGCCCAACCUAACCUCCCAAUGGUGCAUAAAGACCUGUAUGGAUCAGGAGUUUCCUCUGGCCCUGGUCAGGAACCCAGACUGUUUCUGUGGCUAUGCCACCCCUCACUUCACUCUUCAUGAGCCAGUAAAAGAGGAGCUUUGUGCUGUGGAAAACAGCAGUCUGCCUACCCAGAGUUCCCAUCAGCUAUUCCUCCAGGUCUAUCAGACACCUGUUCAAGAUUCCAGAUGCACAGAGAAGAAGUUUCUACCUGAGAAGUCGAGCUCACUGGUGGCUUUGUCCAGUUUUCCUGGUGCUGGGAACACCUGGGUGAGGCACCUGAUCGAGCUUGCCACAGGCUACUACACAGGCAGUUACUAUUUUGAUGGCACCCUUUACAACAGAGGCUUCAAGGGUGAGAAAGAUUACUGGAAGAGUGGACGAACCAUCUGCGUGAAGACGCAUGAGAGCGGCCAGCGGGAUGUAGAGAUGUAUGACUCAGCAAUACUGUUGAUAAGAAACCCCUACCGCUCACUCAUGGCUGAGUUCAACCGCAAGUGCGCCGGGCAUCUUGGUUACGCUUCUGAUCAGCACUGGAAGAGCAAAGAGUGGCCAGAAUUUGUGGGUAGUUAUGCCUCCUGGUGGGCUUCUCACGUAUUGGACUGGCUGCGUUAUGGAAAGAAACUUCUGGUGGUGCAUUAUGAGGAAUUGCAGGAGGCAUUGGUGCCCACGUUACGAUCCAUCACUUCCUUCCUCAAUACCAGUGUCAGUGAAGAUCGUCUUCUCUGUGCUGAGUGCAACAAAGAUGGCCACUUCAAGCGCUCGGGUGCGCGACGGCCCACCUUUGACCCCUUCACCCCAGAUAUGAAACGGCUGAUUGAUGGUUACAUCAUUACUGUGGACCAGGCACUCAGAGCCAGCAACCAUUCUGGCUUGCCACAGGAGUAUCUUCCAAGAUGAUAAGCCCAGAACUAGAGUACAGAAGCGGUCGUCUUGCUCAAGUUUCAAUGCUACUACCAUGUCCAGGAGAUAUUUUGAUACAUUUAUUUCCUCACAUAUUGAGGUCGAAAAUAAUGCCAUAUGAUGCUGUUCUUCAUUGGUGCGUUAUGAGAUCGUCAUGUUUUAACGGCGGUCUGUAAAGGGGAACAAAGUUCAACACUGUUGACAUAAUGUGGUGAAUAAUUACAAAGAUUGCAGACCUGAAACUCAAAAACAUCUUUAGUCGGAGGAAAAAUAAGUUCUUCUUCCUACUUUGGGAGGAAAGUUGAGCGCUUACUUACUUCAACUACAAGUCAACAAGAGGCCUAAUAAACAACAGAUGUAAUUGCUUAUGAACUAAUCUGACAUGUACUGCAGAUGAUAAUGACAUGUCUACCACAAUAACAUUAUAAUUUUAUUACUAUACAAUGACUUUUUUUGUGUAUGGACCCUUUAGACUGUUUACAGAGCUGAUAUCAAUGGAUGUAAUCUUUUACCAUAACAGAUGACAUGGAUGUAACCACAUAUUGAAGACAAGGGGGGACCGAAUGUUAUCAAUUGAGAAGAAUCAAGUAUCGAAUAGGUCAUUGGUAAACCAAAUCUGAAUAUCGAGUGCAACGUGACUAUGGUGGUUACGGCCCUGAUAGAUGAGAAACGUAAUACUCUGUGAUGAGGUAGCAGAAUAACUCGUUUUCCUUCCAAACAUUCAAGAUCAAGAAAAUAUGACAUAGCAAACAGACUUAGCAUAUAUCAAAGUCAAAUGAGUAGUGACUGUCCUCAUCCCGCUAGGUUCCUUCAGAAUGGAAAGGAAGCUUUCAGCUGGACUAGACAAGACUUGCCUUGCGGAAUGACGCUAGCCUGAUGCUAAUCCUCCCAGAGCUGAUUAGCACGCCGCCAGCAUGCUCCAGAUGUGUCUGGAUUAAGCUCUGGUGUUAUACUCUUUUGCACAUUGCCAAACUGGGAUCAGCUGCAAAUUCAGACAAUGUCACUGUAGUGCUGGUGGCAGGAAUCCCUCCGGGGGUCUGUUUCUGCAGAGUUAUUCAUUGAGACACAAAAGAUCAAUCGAUUAGCGUCAUUCAGUGUAGACUAAAUAAAAUUUUCUCACUGUUAGAGUUUGAUCCAUAAUUUAAUACCAGUGAUUAGUGUUACAUAAAGCUGGAGUGUGUAACUCUAAACAGACUCUCCCCUCAUCUGUCAUUGGUCUGAAAAACCGACAGUAACACCCCCAAACUCACACCAUUGGUUGAGUCAGUGUUGCUAUGCUGGACUGGUUGGGAUGUUAAAUCAAAAAGAGCAGUUUAAUAGUGCUCCAUACUGUUUAUACCUUCAGGGUGACUCGAUUAAACUGGGAUGGUUCCCCUGAAAUUAAAAUUCUGUCAUUUACUCACCCUCAUGUUUAUCCCAAACUGGUGUUAUUUCAGUAUUGUGAAUGCACUAUUAUAGUAUUUAUUAACAUUUUGAGUUUGCUUUUAAUUGUAGCUUUUAUUUUAUUUCAGCUUUAUUUCCAUUAAUGAAAACCAUUUUAGAAUGUUUUUUAAACCAUAAUAGAUUUAGUUUUAGUUAACAUUAACAACACUGCACCAAACUGCCAUGACUUUCUUUCUUAUCCGCAGCACAAAAGAAGACAUUUUGGGAAAUGUUUCAGUUUUUGCCUCUACAGUGUAAGUCAGUGUUGUCCAAAAUAACAUUGGAGCUGAUUGUCUUUGAUUAACAGCAAAAACUUUCCUCAAAAUACCUUUCUUGUUUGGAAAGUUUGGAACGACGUGAGGGUGAGUAAAUGAUUUUCAUUUUUGGGUGAACUAUCCCUUUAAGCCUUUAUUAACUAUUAGUUAUAAUAUUUUGUCCCCAAAGGAUUCUUAAAAAGAGAUAUACAUCAGUAAGCUUAAUACAAGUAUAAUUAAUGAGCCAGGUUUAAUGAAAUAUAUCAGAUUUCGCUUUAGGUUUGUUCUAUAAGCCUCUGCCAUGGAGAAUAAAAUGCUGUGCGCCUGAUAUGAAUUAUAAAUGAAUUCCAUUGCGCCCCCACUGUGAUUUCCUGCAGGCUUGGUGCUGAGGUCAUUGUGUCUUGCCUCGAGAACUGUGACAGAUUAAUGUCUGAAUGAAACAGAAUUUUAUUUCCAUGCACAUCGCUGCAGUAUAUGGGGCACAUAUGCGCUACAUCGAUAUGUGUACAUUAGUAUGUGAUUGCCUACGUCUACUGUGUGUGUGUGUGUGUGUGUGUGUGUGUGUGUGUGUGUGUGUGUGUAUGUGUGUACAGAAGGUUGUUCAUGUUCUGGUGCCUCAUUCCAUGGACAAAAAAAAAAAAAAAAAAAAUCCAAUUCCAUUAUGGAUUGAUUAUGUUCACUGAAUUUUCUACAGAAGUAAAUAGGUUCUAUUUCUGCCAACCUAGAGCAAAGGAACAAGAGGCAUUAUGAGCUCAAGUAUUCUUUUUUUGAUUUUCAUAAACUCUCUUGAUAACGGUCAGACUCUGUGACUGCUAUUCACUUGAAUGGAUGCUAUUGAGAGGGGCCGGCCCCCAAGGUUUGACUGCUGUUGUGAAAACACAAUGAAUAAAAUUCAUGAUGCAA